GAUGCCACAUUCCGUAUUCACUUUCUGGCAAAUCAACAGCUUUCGAUAUGAAGCUGAUUAUAGUCUUGUCAGUUAUAGCCUGUGGCUAUGCUGCUAAGUUAGACAGGACAUAUUUACCACCUGCUAGCGCUGCUAGUGCUGGUGGAAGUCCUGGGUCUCUGAAUACACCUUUUGGUUCUGGACCUUCAGGCCCCGCCGGCCAAGGACCAGCAGGAGUUGCUCAACCAUCUGGUUCGGCUGGAUUUGGGCAGCCAAGUGCCUCAUCUUCUGCUUAUGUUCAAGGUUCGGGUCCCUCAGGUCAAUCUGGAUUCGGCCAACCAUCAGGACCGUCAGGGCAGGCUGGAUUCGGCAGGCCAUCUGGGCAGUCUGGAUUUGGUCAGCAGUCUGCUGGCACAGAUUUUGGUAAAUCAUCUGCACCUUCGCAAUACGGACAAACUGCAGGUGCCCCAGGUUUUGGACAGUCAGGACCUUCCGGUCAAUCGGGUCCCGGAUUUGGACAAUCUGGUUUUGGACAAGGAGGUCAGGGAGCGGGACAGGCAUACCAACAGCCUGAACGUGCUCAGGCAGCCGCCGAUAGAAAUGCCGAAAUAUUGAGAUACGACAACCAAAACGAUGGUGAAACCUUCUCCUAUAGUUUUGAAACUUCCAAUGGUAUUACUGCUGAAGAAUCAGGUGUAGCUACAAACGGUGUUCAGGCUCAAGGCGGUUUUGCAUACACUGGUGAUGACGGUGAAGUAUACAGAGUGACAUAUACAGCUGAUGAGAACGGCUACCAGCCUCAGGGUGACCACCUUCCUACUUCUCCACCAAUUCCCGAUGAGAUCUUGAGGUCUAUUGAGGAGAAUGCCAGAGCCGCCGCUGCCGGAACUCAAGAAGGUGCUUACCGCCCUGAAGAAUAUGAAAAUGAGCCUCAACAAUACACUGGAUCUUCACCAUUUACUCAGGGGCAAGGCUCUGGACAAGGCGCUGCUUACAAUCAGCGACAAGGAUCUGGCCAAGGUCCAUCUCAGCAAUACGGUGCUCCAACUGGCUCUUCUCCAUCAUACAAUCAGGGCGCUGGUCAAUCUGGUAGCUCCUAUAAUCAACCUCAAAGAAUUCAAAGUCCUUCUCAACAGUACGGUGCACCUAGUGGUGCUUCUUCACAAUAUAAUCAGGGAGCUGGACAGAGGACAGGCGGUGCUUUCAACCAACCUCAGGGAACUCAAGGUAAUACCUUCAACCAACCACAAGGAUCCGGUCAAGCACCGUCCCAACAGUAUGGAGCUCCUAGCAGCAGACAAGGUCCGUCUCAACAAUAUGGUGCUCCUGGCAGCGGACAAGGCCCAUCUUCACAAUAUGGAGCUCCUAGCAGUGGAUCUGCAUUUAACCAAGGCCAGAGUGCAGGACAACGGAAUGGUGGCACCUUCAAUCAACCACAAGGAUCUGCUCAAAGUCCAUCUCAACAAUAUGGAGCACCAAGUGCCGGAUCUCCAUUCAACCAAGGUCAGGGUGCAGGUCAACGAACUGGUAGUAACUUUAACCAGCCCCAAGGAUCUGCUCAAAGUCCAUCUCAACAAUAUGGUGCACCUAGUGCCGGAUCUUCAUUCAACCAAGCUCAGGGUGCAGGUCAGCGAACUAGCGGUAACUUUAACCAGCCUCAAGGAUCUGCUCAAAGUUCAUCUCAACAAUAUGGUGCGCCUAGUGCCGGAUCUUCAUUCAACCAAGCUCAGGGUGCAGGUCAACGAACUAGCGGUAGCUUUAAUCAGCCACAAGGAUCUGCUCAAGGUCCAUCUCAACAAUACGGGGCGCCUAAUGCCGGAUCUCCGUUCAACCAAGCUCAGGGUGCAGGUCAACGAACCGGUGGUAACUUCAACCAACCUCAAGGAUCUGCUCAAGGUCCAUCUCAACAAUAUGGAGCACCUAAUGCUGGAUCUCCAUCAAACCAAGGUCAGCUUGCAGCUCAACGAACUGGUAGUAAUUUCAACCAGCCUCAAGGGCAACGCCCAUCUCAACAAUAUGGUGCUCCUGGUAUUGCUUCAGUUUCUACUGGAGCUGAUAGACCAUUUGGUCAAUUCAAUCAAGCAAGUCAAGGUGCACAGGGAGCUGCGGCUCGUGGAUCUCAGAGUCAAGAUGAUGCUGGAUAUCAGUACAAUCGCCCACAGGGUGGAUCUCCUUUUGGCUCAAAUCAAGGUUCUUCUGGCGCUCAAUUUAACAGGCCCGGCCAGGGACAAGCUCAGUCUAAUACCCCCAGCUCUGGCAGUCAAGGAACAUUUGGAACAAACGGAGCUGCAAAUCAAGGGCAAUUUGGGACUAGUCCUAGACCAUCCGGGCAAUCUUUAGGUUCUACUGGACCCGCUGGUUCUUCUGGUAAUCAAGGACCAUUUGGAACCGGUUCGCGACCUGGCCAGGCUUCAUCAACUGGAGCAGGACCUUCCCAGAAUGCAUUUGGAAAUAUCGGUAGGGGAAGCCAAGCAGCAUCCCAAUCAAGGCCAUCAGUGGGAGACUCUGCUCCAUACCAGUACAACAGACCUGGUUCCCAGAGCCCUAGCCAGGGUCUUAGCCAGGGUCCUGCUGGAAGACAAAGCAGCUCUCAACCCUCCGCCGGUGGUCCAGCUGGACAACAGUUCGGAGGCCCUCGGCAACCACCAAGCUUCAGCCCUGAACAAGGAUACGUAUAUUAAUACCAAAGCCUUUUGAUAGUGAAAUUAUAGAUAGGUAUACUAAAUGAGCAUUUUUGAAAAUGUCAAAAAAAAUGUUAAGUAUUAUUAUUUUUAUUUUGUACAUAAUGAAUUUGUUAUGUAUAGAAUUUGUAAUAAGAAAUCACUAUGUGAUUGAUGCAAUAAAUAAAAGCAAGAUUUUAUAGAA